GCCCACGCGGACGAGAUCGCCACGGAGCUCCUGCGGAUCUUCGACCAGGUGGGCUGCAAGGACUCCAGCAAGGAGGCCAGGAGGGUACUGGCACCGCUCCUCGGCGCCGUGGGCGUGCUGCUGGCCGAGGGUUGCUUCCCGCGCGCGAGCGCGGGCGCGUUGCUCGAGCGAGUCCUGGCGGCCGUGCGGGCCAGCAAGGACAUCACGAGGCUGAGGGCAUCCGUGGACGUGCUCGUGGGGCUGCUGAGGUGGCCCGGGCCCGCGCGGCCCCGGGCGCUGGCGGCCCUGCUGGAGCUCCUGGGGUACGGCUUCCCGACGGUGCGGCAGGCCACGGCUCGGGCUCUGUACAUCCGGCUGCUGGAGGAGGACGGCGACCUGGACCUGGCGGACGGGGAGUCGCAGCGCGCCGUGCCCGCGGCCCGCGUGGCCGAGGUCUCCGAGCUGAUGACCAUCACGCCCCGAGCCCGGUCUGUUCUCUCUGCACGCACUGGGAGUACUCUCGUCAUGGUCACCGCGCUUGCAGUCUGUGCGGUGGUCAAUACCUUGAUGGUUCUCGUCCUGGGCAUGGUGAUCAGGCUCAUCAGGGUGGCCCUGGCGGAGUCGGACUCGGUGCUGCUUCUGCCCCUGGCGCCGCUACUGUCCCGAUGCCGCUCCACCUUGUGCAGGAGUUGGAGCGCUGGGCUGUUCACUACCCUGCCCUUGCAGGGGUGGCUCGCGAUGCCGCCCCGCCUGCGCCUCCAGAGGUCCGAUGCGCCUGAGUUGGGCAGUGAAGUUGGAGACGAGCUCGACCAAGUUGAACGCGACAAGUUCCGUGAGCUCAAGAAGAGAGCAGGCGAGGCUGGCUUGGACGCGGCCGCCGCCAAAGACUACACCGAUCUGUUGCAGAAGAGGCUCAUGGCUAAGUCGGUCAAGCGUGCGCGCACUUCCCAGGCCGUCACCUGCGACAUGUACCGCACGUUCUGCACCGUCGCGGCCACCCAGAUGGACAGGACGCACGCGUGCUUGGACGUGAUCUUGGACCUCGAGGCCAUGGUGGAGCCCCAGUGUACUCGCGUGAAGCCCCUGGAGGCGCAUGGGAGCGCAGUGGAAGGGGAGCUGCCGCCAGAGACCGGGCGGGCAGAGCCGCCGCAGGCAGGGGCCGAGCGCGCGGCACCAGCUGGGCGCAGCGAAUACCGAAGGCGCGCACGGUGCAGCAGCGGGGCGCUGCAGCUGCAGCGCGGUGCUGGCGCCCGUGGGCACCUGAGCGCCUCAGAUGCGGGCGAGGCGUGCUGUGACAGCCAGGCCGCGGAGGCGGGCGAAGGGUGCACCCUCAGCACCAGCUUUGGCGGCUCGGACACCGAGGACGGACCCCGCCCGGGCCCGCCCGCCGCGGAGGGCCCCCAGGCGGCGGCCACCCCGAGCUCCUCGGCGCGGCCCGCGCGCGGCGCGGCCGAGGCGGCAGCCGAGGCGGCGGGCGAAGCGGAGGGCCCGCGCCCCGCCGAGGCGGCGGGCGCGAGGGGGGCGGAGGGCGAGGCGGAGGGCCCGCUUCCCGCCCAGGCGGCGGCCGACGGGGGGGCGGAGGGCGAGGCGGAGGGCGAGGCGGAGGGCGCGGAGGGCCCACGCCAGUGGGGCCCGCGCCCAGCCGAGGCGGCGGCCGCGAGGGGGGCUCUGGCCAGCGGCGCCGAGGGGGCUGCGUGCACGCCGCUGCGGAGUCAGGCCGUCCCGUACAUAUCCGUGGUUUCCCACGUGAUGGCGACGCGGGCGUCCUUGGCUUCUGGCGGCGACCAGGGCCCGUCGUUUUCUGGUCAUGGCGGGCAGGGUGCGCACGAUUUCUUCGUGGGCGACGGCUUCAAUUCCGACGACCGCACCACGAUAAUGAUGUGCAAUAUCCAUUCCAUUAUCCUACACGCGCGACAUUCUCAUGGACAUGCUGAAUGCCUGCGGUUGGCGCACGUUUUACGACUUUGUCUACGUGCCAGUAAAUUUCGUCUGCAUGCGGGGCGUUGGUUACGCUUUUGUAAAUCUGGUCCAGUGCAGGCCAAGACGUUUUUCCUCCUCUUCGACGGCUUCGAGGGGUGGGAGUACAGCACCGCGAACGCGUGCCGGAUACAGUGGAGCGACGUGCAGGGCCUCCAAGACGGGUAUCCUGCGCUACCAGAAUAGCCCCAUCAUGAACGAGGACCCAUGGUUCGCUGGCCGCCCGAAGGGCCCAGGGUGCCCAGGAGCAACCAAACCGCAUCACCAUCCUCGCCCCCGCUUCCCUCGUUCCCCAGAGAGUGACUGCACUGGAGGGGUAUCACUUUGGUCUGCGGCUCCAGGGUUUCGCGAGGCGCCCGCCUCGUCGCCGCCGCGUGCGCAGGCCGGCGGCUCUCUGGGCUGCCACCCGUUGCCCCCCUGGCGCCGCCCCGCGCGUGCGCUGGCUGACGGCUCUGGGCUGACGCCCCGUGCCCGCCCGUCCGCCGCCGCCCCGUGCCCUGGAUCGCGGUUCCUGGCUGUCGCCCGGCGCGCGCCCGUCGCCGCCUCGUGCGUUGGUUGGCAGUUCCCGGGUGCUCGCCCGGUGCCCGCCCGCAGCCGC